AAAAAUAAAAGGGUGCCAAGAAGCUGGGACCAGGGAACGUGGGUGUAAACACGCGCGGUCUCUCUCUCUCUCUCUCUCUCUCUUUCUACCUCGAAUUCUCACUCUUCUCUCUCUCUCUCUCUCUCUCUCUCUCUCUCAACUCCCUUCUCUGUGUGUGUGCUUCCUCUCUUUUAUUAUAUGAAUGAACGACUUUCUGAGUAGGACUUCAACAUAAGGAAUCCAAAGGCUCCAUCGGGACCAAAACGGCAUCACGCGUUUGUGAUAUGCGACUUGGCCGUGCGCUCCAUGUGUUUUGCCAUCAAUGUAAAUAUUGGCUUUGAUAGGACGGGAGCCCCAUCGGCUGUGGCGCGCCUUGCUGUCGGACCCACAUUUUGACCAAGACUCGCACCUUGCCUUUUUGAUUCGUCACCACUUUAUCUUCAUCGCCAUCUGCAGCCGUUGCAAGCCACCCUCAAGUCGCCGGCCGGUCCGAACGAAGAUGGCAACUUUAACCAACGGGCAGGUGGACACCGGGGUGCACGGUGUCGGUGUCGGGAUCGGGGUGGUCUCCGCCAGCACCAACGGGCUCGUGAACGGAUUAAGCCACAGCCACAGCCCGGCGGGCUGCCCGGCCACCAUCCCCAUGAAAGACCACGAUGCCAUCAAACUCUUCAUCGGUCAGAUCCCCCGCAACCUGGACGAGAAGGACCUGCGGCCCCUCUUCGAGGAGUUUGGCAAAAUCUACGAGCUGACGGUGCUCAAGGACCGCUUCACGGGCAUGCACAAAGGCUGUGCCUUCCUCACCUACUGUGCCAGGGAGUCAGCCCUGAAAGCCCAGAAUGCAUUGCACGAGCAGAAGACCCUGCCAGGGAUGAACAGACCAAUCCAGGUGAAGCCAGCAGACAGCGAGAGUCGAGGAGAAGACAGAAAGCUCUUUGUGGGCAUGCUCAACAAGCAACAGUCCGAAGAUGACGUGCGACGCCUUUUCGAGUCCUUCGGCGGCAUCGAGGAGUGCACCAUCCUGCGAGGUCCUGACGGCAACAGCAAAGGCUGCGCAUUUGUAAAAUACUCGUCUCAUGCCGAAGCUCAGGCGGCCAUCAGUGCACUACACGGCAGCCAGACAAUGCCUGGUGCCUCAUCCAGUCUGGUGGUAAAGUUCGCAGACACGGAUAAGGAGCGCACCAUUCGCCGCAUGCAGCAGAUGGCUGGUCAGAUGGGCAUCUUCAACCCUAUGGCCCUGCAGUUUGGAGCCUACGGAGCCUACGCUCAGGUGCAACAACAGGCGGCAUUGAUGGCAUCUGUAGGCCAGGGCGGCUACCUCAGUCCGAUGGCUGCCUUUGCUGCUGCCCAGAUGCAGCACAUGGCCACCAUCAAUGGCCUCCCCGGAGCACCACUCACGCCCACGUCAGGCGGUAGCACUCCUCCAGGCAUCAGUGCCCCCACAGUGACCAGCAUCCCUUCCCCCAUUAGUGUCAAUGGUUUUACUGGCAUGCCGCCCCCUCAAGCAAAUGGACAGCCACCCGCAGAGGCCGUCUUCACCAAUGGGAUACACCAUUACCCUGUUUUGCAAGAAGUGGUUUUUCGGGAGGACUCUGAGAAAAAUGGCCUGGGUGUAGCUCCAAGGAGUUGUUUUGGAGUUCAGGGUGGCUGUUUUCUUUCUUCUCUAUCUGAAGCUCAAAGUCCCACUGCAGCUGAUCCUCUCCAGCAGGCUUACACGGGAGUCCAGCAGUAUGCAGCAGCCUACCCCGCUGCAUACGGACAGAUCAGCCAGGCCUUUCCCCACCCUUCAACCAUCAUCCCACAGCAGCAACGAGAAGGGCCAGAGGGUUGCAACCUGUUCAUCUACCACCUCCCUCAGGAGUUUGGGGAUGGCGAACUGAUGCAGAUGUUCCUGCCAUUCGGUAAUGUCAUCUCCUCCAAAGUGUUUGUGGAUCGAGCGACAAACCAAAGUAAAUGCUUUGGCUUUGUGAGCUUCGAUAACCCAGGCAGUGCCCAAGCUGCCAUCCAGUCAAUGAACGGCUUCCAAAUCGGCAUGAAAAGACUCAAGGUGCAGCUGAAGAGGCCAAAGGAUGCAAACCGCCCCUACUAGCCCCGGCCCCAGCCAGCCGCUGCCAUCCAUGGCGGCCGGGGUAGCUGUCACCACACCGGGUUUUGUAGAGCUGAAUUAUAUGUUGACUAUUUGCUACCCGCUGUAGAAUGCAAACUCAACAUCUGGAACACUGAGGCUGCUUCAGAAGGAGAGGACAUCAAGACAGAGAGAAAGCUGUCAGAGUCUUGGAAAAUUCCUUUUGGAUGUACUAAAAACUUUGGAACACAGUGAGAAUUUGUACCAACUUGGUUUGCCCUUGGACCUUUUCUUCUGCACAUACAGUAUAUAUAUAUAUAUAUAUAUAUAUAUAUAUAUAUAUAUAUAUAUAUAUAUAUACACACAUACACAUACACACACACAUUCUUUCACUCAGAACCCUGCUUGAAUGACAGCUACCUUUUUUGAACCACAAUAACUUUUACUUGAACAAUGACGGGGGAGAAAGUAAAAGACAAAAAAAACACUUUCAAUGAUCAACCCCGAUGAACUAUUAAAGGGAACAAUGGCUGUCAAAAGUCUAACGAGAACAAAACAAACUUUUUCAAAACUGAACAGAGGAUUGUUGAAGGACAUGUUUUUUGUCUGGUAUGUGUUUGGGCCAGUUGACUUGAUACACAAAGAAACAAAUUCCAGAAUAGAGACCGGAAGUAAGGAAUGUGAUAUUAUCAGGACACAAAUUGGCUUGGAUUUGGAAUGACUGUCUUUAGCUUCGGAGUGCCUGUCCGUUUCCAGGGGAUACCAUUGCCAAGGAGAACCAUAGCAACGGUCUCCAGGGAGUCUUACCUGUCAUUCCUUAGUUGUUUUAGGGACCAAAAGACCAAACAUUUUUUUAUUGCUGAGGACUUGUAGCUCUAAUAUACUUGGACCACUGCAUCUCUAUCAGUCAGUGUCAACUGGCUCAAGAGUUGUACCAAAAAGAAGUGUACAUUUCCUAUAUAUAUAUAUAUAUAUACAUAUAUAUAUGUGUGUGUGUGUGUGUGAGUGUGUGUGUGUGUGUGUACACACACAGCACGUGUGUGUAUAUACAUAUAUAUUGCUGAUAUGCUUUGGAAUACAGGCAAAACUAUUUCCGAUGACCAAAUUGGGUCUCUCACUUUGUUAGUUUACAAGCACUUAAAAUGUUUAUUUUUUGUUCUACUCAUUUUG